GACCAACAUUUGUGCAGUGUCAUGUCUCCCUAAUACUACCGCACCCUCACUCGUUCAUGCCCGCCUCAGUCCUUCGUUGAACAGUGAGCCCGCGCACGGCCAGUACCAGAAUGGCGCCCAUCGUGCGGAAUAUCAUCUUUUUCAUGGGGGCGGUCGUCAUCCUGGCCGUCCUCUACUCCUCCACAUCCAUAUCUGGCGCGACGACGAGAUGGACAAAUCCAGCGUUAGGUAUAUCGGCCCUGAAAGAGAAAUUUGGCGAUCUAUUGCCAGAGGCCGGCGUUGACCCUCUCGCAGGGGAUGCUUCAGCGGCGAAUCCGCCGAGUGCUGCGUUGGGUGUUCCGGAUGACAGCAUCAAGAAGGGUGAUGCGGACAAGAAGGUGGAUGAAGGCGUGAAGCCGGAAGAUAAGAAAGAGGACGAGAAGAAGGAAGGUGACAAGAAGGGCGACAAGAAGGAAGGCGAGGAGAAAGAGGAGAAGGGCGGCAUGGAAGCGGCGCUCGAGGACAGCAAGAACUCCAAGACCGAGUUCAACGAGGUUAAGUAUGCCUUUCAAAACGACCUCGAACAAUACCAAAUGCCCAAGUACAACGCACGAGACCUACGACGAUACAUGCCUGUGAACUGGCAAGGACCAGGACGACACGCUUUCUGCACAUAUUACUCCACGAGGAAUGCCACGCUGCACGAUCCUUACUUUCUGGCCGCUCUUCAGUUGACUUACCGUCUUCUGUGGGACCCGAAGUCAAAGUCUGAGAAAUAUCCUUUGGUCGUCUUCGUUGCUCCGUUCACACCAGACGAGCAUCGCCAUAUCUUAGAGGCGGCAGGCGCGAUCGUUCGCGAGUUGGACUUGAUUGAGUACCACCCAGACAAGGCCACUUUCGCUCGUUGGAGAGAUCUCUUUUCCAAGAUCAACAUGUGGGGCCAGACAGACUUUGAGCUUCUGGCCUUCCUCGAUCUCGACGCUUUCCCGGUUCAAAACAUCGACGGUAUUUUCCACAUCGCAGACAGGCAAGCCUGCAAACCCGAACUAUUACCCAAAGAAGACAAACUCCACCAGAAAGAGAUCUGCGACUACGUCUUCUCCGGUACGUCAGUAGGAGGCGGGUACAAGGAAGUCAACGUCGGAGUUGUAGUCUUCAACCCCAACGAAGCGAUGCGCAACCGACUCCUGCGCGAGAGCUUGCACACAGACAAAUGGGACAACUUCAUGGCCGAGCAAGCAUUCUUAAGCUAUGCUUUCUCAACCGACGGACCCUUUCCAGCAUCCGAAGUCGAUCGCACAUGGAAUGGCUUUUUCCCCCAAAAUGACGAAGGGCCGAAGACCGGCAAGCUGAAGAUCAUCCACGAAAAGCUGUGGGCACAGAACGACCACUUGAAGUGGGCGAAGAAAUUCUGGGAUGAUGAGUGGAAGGCGAUGUUGAAACUGUACAACAACAAAAAGUUCGUUGAAACGAGAAAGAAAAAUGGCAAGCGGCCAUUCUAGAGAGAACUGUAUAUGAACGGACCUUCGGACCAUGUAUUAGCAUUUGCGAGCGUUUUUGUGUACAGAAUACGUGCAGGGUUGGGCAGCAUUGGGCAUGAUACCAGUCGGAGACAUUACAAAUUGAUUGAAAAUUCAUCAUCAGUGCCUGCGAGGCAUGCACCUUCUCUCAGUAUCGUCGAACCGCAAUCGUAUAGAAUCGUUCAGGUCGUUCCUUCACUUGAGACUCUUGG